UAUUUCCCAUCCAACCUUCGAACGCCCCCUUCUGCCCCUGUAAUUCUCCAUCUCCCCUCUCUCUCUUGCCCUUCUCUCUUUCCAAUUUUCCACACUCACCUCACUUACCCGCCAAUUUCUCUCUCUUCCCCUUUUCAAAUUCUCGUUUGCCCCUCCACUCACCAAUCCAAACCCUAGUUCUACCUCCAAUUUCGAUAUCCUCAGUUUUUUUUUCAUUAUUCAAAUCUGUGCCCAGAAUCCCAGAUCGUCUUCUCUUUUUGCAAUUCUUCGACUUUCACUCCAAACCCAACUCAUCUAUAUGUUCUUCGAAGCUUGUACCCUGGAUUUUUUACUCGCACAGAGAAAACUAGGGUUUUGAAUUGGGUUUCGUAUGUUCAGCUCCGAAUAAUUGAUGUGAGGGUGUGAAAUUAGGAGGCUUUUGGUUCUGAUGUUGUUGCAGAAUCGCACAAUGGAGAAGCCAACUAGUGACAGGAGCAAUGGUGUGAUUUGAUACUGUUAGAAAGGCGAAAUUUUGACUCUUGAUUGUUGUGCUGAGGAAUAAUUGUUGUUGAUAUUGGGUGAUUUAUGUCUUCAAUGGCUGAUCCUGAGUUGAUACUUGAGCAAAAUCACAAUUUAGCUCUUGGACAGAAGCAGUUAGUGCUAGGCCAUAAUCAUAAUCUGGGUCUUGGUCAGAACCACGAGCAUGAUUUGGGAUUGGGAGAGACACAUGAGCAUGAUUUGGGUAUGGGACAGGCCCAUGAGCAUGAGAUGGGUUUGGGUCAUACACAUGAGCAUGAGAUGGGUUUGAGUCAUGCCCAUCACCAUGAGAUGGGUUUAGGGCAAACCCAAGACCACGGAGGAGAUGAUGGUCAGAAUUAUGAACAUGAGAAUGGGUUGGCUAUGGACCAAAAGCCCGAACAUGAGGGCCACAAAUUGGAUCUCCCUGCUCCGAACCCUGAGUUACUUAUAUCUGACCAUAAUGAAUUGGCUGCUUCUGAAAACCAUGGAUUUGAUGAAAAUUUGGAACUAGCUGUGGACGAGAACCAGGAUAUGGCGGUUGAAACUACCCACAAUAUGAGCAUUCAGCAAGGCCAGCUUGUUAGUCCCGUCAUUCAAGCGCGUACUGCAGUUGCAACUCCUAAUUAUGAGCUGCAUGUGGGACAAGAAUUCCCUGAUGUCAAGAGCUGCCGAAGGGCAUUAAGGGACACUGCAAUUGCCCUUCACUUUGAAAUACAGACCAUAAAAUCUGAUAAAACUCGUUUCACUGCUAAAUGUGCGACUGAGGGAUGCCCCUGGCGCAUACACGCCGCAAAGCUUCCUGGUGUACCGACUUUCACAAUCAGGACCAUUCACGAGGCUCAUACAUGUGGAGGAAUUGCUCAUCUAGGCCAUCAGCAAGCUUCAGUUCAGUGGGUUGCAAACUCUGUGGAAGAACGGCUUAAGGAAAACCCCAAUUACAAGCCGAAGGAGAUACUGGAAGAGAUUCAUCGAGUUCAUGGUAUCACUUUAUCUUACAAGCAAGCCUGGCGGGGCAAGGAGCGGAUUAUGGCUGCCAUGCGUGGAUCCUUUGAAGAAGGGUAUCGCCUUCUUCCACAGUACUGUGAACAAGUUAAAAGAACAAAUCCAGGAAGUAUCGCAUCUGUUUACGGGAACCCAGUAGAUAAUUGCUUCCAGCGCCUCUUUAUUUCAUUCCAGGCAUCGAUUUAUGGUUUUCUGAAUGCUUGUCGACCACUCCUUGGCCUUGACAGGACCUUCUUGAAAAGCAAGUACCUUGGCACUUUACUUCUAGCUACUGGUUUUGACGGGGAUGGUGCUCUGUUUCCUUUGGCAUUUGGUGUUGUAGAUGAGGAAAAUGAUGAAAAUUGGAUGUGGUUUCUCUCUGAACUUCAUAACUUGCUUGAGGUUAAUACAGAGAACAUGCCAAGGCUUACAAUUUUGUCAGAUAGGCAGAAGGGCAUUGUAGAUGGAGUAGAAGCGAAUUUCCCAACGGCGUUUCAUGGAUUUUGCAUGCGUCACUUGAGUGAAAGCUUCCGUAAGGAGUUUAAUAAUUCAAUGCUUGUCAACCUAUUAUGGGAAGCUGCUCAUGCUCUCACAGUAAUUGAAUUUGAAGCCAAAAUUCUGGAGAUAGAAGAAAUAUCACAAGAUGCUGCAUAUUGGAUUAGACGAAUUCCACCUCGUUUGUGGGCUACAGCAUAUUUCGAGGGAACACGCUUUGGGCACUUGACAGCUAACAUCGUUGAAUCAUUAAAUACAUGGAUCAUAGAAGCCUCUGGGCUUCCAAUAAUUCAGAUGAUGGAAUGCAUUAGAAGGCAGCUUAUGACUUGGUUCAAUGAACGACGAGAGGCAAGUAUGCAGUGGACAUCAAUUCUUGUGCCUACUGCCGAGAGACGCGUUGCAGAGGCUCUUGAGCGUGCGCGCACUUAUCAGGUGCUUCGUGCUAAUGAAGCUGAAUUUGAAGUUAUAUCUCAUGAAGGAACAAAUAUUGUUGACAUCAGGAACCGUUGCUGUCUUUGCCGGGGUUGGCAGCUGUAUGGUUUGCCCUGUGCACAUGCGGUGGCAGCUCUCCUUUCUUGCAGGCAGAAUGUGCAUCGAUUUACUGAGAGCUGUUUCACAGUUGCGACUUAUCGGAAGGCAUACUCACAAACUAUACACCCCAUUCCAGAUAAAACUUUAUGGAAUGAGUUGUCUGAAGGAGAUCCAAAUGCAAACAAAGAUGGUGAGGUUAUUAUUAAUCCACCUAAAUCACUUAGGCCGCCUGGCCGGCCAAGGAAGAAGCGCGUGAGGGCAGAAGACCGUGGUCGUGUGAAGCGAGUUGUGCAUUGUAGCCGUUGCAACCAGACGGGCCAUUUUCGAACAACAUGUGCGGCACCCAUUUAGUCUUUGCAGUGAAUAAUUGAUUUAGUGCUCUUAAAUAUGGGUAAACUUCUCUUCUGUGCAAAUAUUCUUGUUAGUCCUAUUAGUUUAGAUAAGCAAGUGAAUGCUAUUAUAUGCUUUGUCAUCUACAAUAGGUGAAUUAAGUUCAUUCUCAGCUGUUUGUCUUUUAUGAAUAUCACCUUAAUGAUACAUUAUUAUUAUUACUGUGGAUUGGCCUAAUGGUUUCGACCUUCGCAAUAUAAGUAGUGAUUUUCUAGAGCUUUA